UAAGAGGACUUGUUCAGCAUAGCCUAGCUUAGCAGGCAGCGCCCCGCAGGAUAGACACCGGCAUCGUCGAUGAGUAAAGACCCCGUCAGUCAUGAGAUGAUUCUCUCAGACAAUCCAUUCGAAAGCGCAGGAGAUGCCGGAGGGACAGGUAUCAAGCCAGUGGAUAAGAAGGCCUCCGAAAAAAAAGGACCAGCCGCCCUGAAAUGGGAAUCCUUUACACCAUUCUGGAAUAAAGGAGGGAUGGCAGGGGCUUCUUCUACUUCGUUCGCAGCGCCCAAUCUGAAGAUAGGGGCGCUGAACAAUGUGCAGAUGAAAGAAACAAAUCAGAGGCCAAUUUUUAAACAGCGGAACCCUGUCCCGCAGAAGGGGGUUAAUGCCCCACAAGAGGUAGCACGAUUGAACAACGAGGCUUUGGGGGGCAACACCCCAUUCGCCUUUAGAGCAGGCAGGAACACAACCGAGAACAACGUGAGCCAAGGGAUUGGAGGAGGGGGGAAAAGUGACCCUAGAGGGGAUGGUAAGGGAAGUGGAGGGAUGGGAGCGGAAGGAGGGGCGGGGCGAGGAGGGGCGGGAAGAGGAGGAGAGAGAGGGAGAGGGGAAGGGAAAUGGGAAGGAAAUAGGCUCGCUGGUGCCCAACAGUAUGGGGCUAAGGAAGGUAGGUCACAGUCACAGAGGAUUAAUUGGUGGCCAGAUGAGGAAGAUUCGGAGGAGGAAGUGGACACUGAAGGGAAGGCAACAAUGGCUGAGGAGACAGCCACAGACGUAGACACAGCAAAACAAUUUUUUGAAAAAUGCUACGAUUGGCUGCAAAUCCCUGACACUUCCAAGCUGGCAAAGUUCACGAUGAAGGAAAAAACAGUGACAAUUUCCCUGGACCCCAAAGUAGAGGAGGCACAUGAGGAAUGGCUACGGGAUAAUGUGGUGGUUAUUUUCUUCCAGGGCUCCUUUAGAUCGGUUUCAGCCGAGAGGAAGGAGGAGUGCGUCAGGAUCUUGGAGUACACGCUGCUCCCAGUAACCAUGCACCAGAAAGAACGGGGCAGGGUGCACCAGGAAGGGAGAAACGUCAUGUCGUACCUCCCGAGGGACAAAAAGACAGUUGAGUUUCUGUUGAAACUUGGAGCUCACAAGAUAAAGGUAGGAUCCCAGAUGUACAAGAUGUCCUUCAAAAAAUGGAUGUCUCAGAAACAGAUAGAGGAGUCAAGAGUUGAGGAUGAGGUUAGUAAGAUUUGGAUUAUGGCACUCAGGGUCCCAUACAAAGCUGUGUCGUACAUGAAAUCCGCUCUGGCCUUUGCCAUUGGAAAAAUCUCAAAGCAAUACCCUCCAGAGCGCUACGAAGAUGCGCCAAAACUCAAUAAUUUAAAAUUCGAUAUUCCACGAGAGUUGAAAGAAAGGGUUCCGGAUGGCUUGGAAUGGCCACAGGCAGACGGAACGGCCAUUAGCAUUAGGAUAGUCACCCAAUUCACAGAUUACUGCCACUUCUGCAAAGACUACGCAGGGCACCCGGCUGCCGCGUGCCCACAAAGCAUAGCAAUCAACACGGUGGAACAAAGGCAACAAGGGGGAGCAGGGUCUGCACAGGGCCAGCGAAACCUCGUUGGGCCCUUUUUGUCUCAGACGGUUGUUCAGGAUAACCGAGGUCUCAUAGCUGGGGCACUGAGGAACCAGUGGACUUAUGGGCCACUCCCCGCAGUGGACAGGACAGUUUCGGUCCUAGUGAGCGCUAACAAUAUCCCAGCUUCGUUCAACAUCGGCACAUCUAGCCAGGCUAACAAGUCCUCUGUAGCAUCGGGUAGUAAGUCAAGGACCGCCGCUUGGAGACAGGUGGGUCAGAAAGCAGUGCAAAAAGAGUCAAAAGAGCACGAAACAACAGUGGAAAGUUUUGCACCUGCUUUGAACGCUGCAGAAAAGGAAGUAGUUGAGAAAGUUUCGGUUUUAAAAAUCUCUGAGAAGUCAGGAGGGGAGGGAAAGAAGGCACAGAGGGAGGAACCUGCAAUAGAGAUUGCAGGAGUUGAGGAGCGUAUGGGCACUCAAGGGAACAAAGGAGCGCCUGCUCAUGCCAUGAUUCAAAAGGAACACAACACUUUGUGAGUGAGAGUGGUAGUAAGCAGGCCGUAGCCUGCGGUGCAUGCGUUGGUAAUGAGGCAAAGGAAGCCUAAAAAACCCAGGGACCAGAAAGUCUCGAAGAACUCAAGGAGGAUGAGGGAGAGGACUCACUCUCAGAAGCUUCCUACCACUCGUACGACUCAUCCGGGUCAUUGGAGGACGACACAAUACCGAAAGAAAAGAGAGGGAGGAGGGAAGAAGGGGAGGAGAUUAGAGGAGGGAAGGCAGGCAGCAAUAAAGGACAAAAACAGAAACAAAAGCAGACCAAGAUA